AUGGAAUUUAACAAUCUCACGCUCAAGCAUGACUGUCCAAAUAACCAUACGUCUAUUGCUUUUGAUGAUGUAUACCGUACCUACAAAGACGAUCAAAACCCCGAAGCCCUCUUCGGAAAGGCGUUACGCUACCUUUCUUCCUUGAGAGUGAAUCACGCAUCGGCGCAACAGGAGAUCAUCCGCGGCGAGAUCAUGGAGUCACUUUUCCACACAAUCUACGGCAGCAAUCGUAUCGAACAAGCAGGUCUAGGUUGGGAUGUCACACGGUAUCUCUGUUAUAAGACCCUACAUGAGCCCGACUCCAUACUCGAAGUCAAUGAGGAUGAUUCAGCCUUCGAUUAG